GUUUCAACUAAUUUAACUACUGUCUGCAAUUUUAUUGUUUUGGUCUUUGAAAAUUAAUUUAUUUUUAAGUCAAAAUGGAUAAUCCGUGUCAGAUGUGAGUCAUCCUGAAGAAGAACUAUAUACAAAAAAAGAAGCAAAUUGGUAAAAUCCCAGAUUAGAUGGUGCAAGAAUAAUAUGCCUUCUCCCCUGGUUUCCUGUUGGUUUAUAAUUGAAUCAUUCAUCAUCCCAGAAGGGCAUCUGAAAAAAUGGUUUUACUUGAGCUUCUAUAUCCAUCCCAUUUUCCUCUGCUUUUGUCAGAUUUUCCUGUGGAUCAAGGUCUUAUGGAGGUGUUACUUCCUCCUAAUCCUGUUCCUCAGCCGAUUGAUCUUGUGGGUUUCGAGUUCUUGCGCUGCCAUUUUCAGAGUUCUGCACAAACUUGCUUUCUUUUUUGCAGCACACACUCAGGGUGCUGCUGGUAAUAAUACUCAGUUUUUGGAUGAAGAAGGGAUAGUGGAGAUUCUGGAGAAUGACAUUCCGCAAGUUAUUCCCAGUCAAAAUCAGCUUGCAAUCCAUGCAUAUUCUUUACCCUCCUACAACAAUGGUCUCAAAGGAGAAAUUCAUUGCAAGGUGGACUCUGUUUUCGAGGCAAAAAUCGUCGAAAAUGAUGCAGUAUCCAUUGAUAAAAAUCCAAGCUUGAUUCAGGUGGAUGACUUUGAUGAUAGUUGCAUCAGUUCUCCAUCAUGUGCAGAAGUGGAACUGGAUAAUCUGGAUACUGAAUCUGAUGAUGAAGGCAGCACUAUUCCAGCUGAUUCUUUUGAUAUUAGUCCAGCUCUGUCUUCAGUCAAUAUCUCAAAUUUACCCAACUUGGAAUUGGAGUUUCAUAGUGAUGAAAAUCAUGACGUUUUUGUCCCCAGUUCCCCUGAUGAAUCAGAGUUCGUGGACAGAAUUAGCUUGAAAGUUGAAGAAUUAGAUUCUUUCUACGUUAAGUAUGAAGAAAGAAUGAAAUGGUUUGAUCUUCUAAGUCUCGAGAGAGCUUAUGGAAUAGAUGCAAUACAAAACAUGCGAUUUGGGAGGGCUGGAUUUCUUGAAAGCAUGGUGCCUGCUGGUUUAUUGGAACAGACCAAAGAGAAGCUGAUGAAGAGCCUGAGCAGUGAUUAUGAGCUGGUUUAUGUAGCUCAAUCAUGCUUAUCCUGGGAAGCAUUGCAUCAUCAAUAUCGCAAAGUCGAAGAAGCCAUUGCAAACUCUAAUGAACUCAGAUUCUUCCAUAAGGAUAGUGCAGAAAGAUUUCGGGAGUUUCAUAUUCUGCUGGAGAGGUUCGUGGAAGAUGAGCAGAUUAGCACGGGUCAACGGCACUCGAAAUAUGUCCAAAGAAGGUUUUCUCAGAAGAAACUGCUCCAAGUGCCUCAACUUUCAAGUAUAGGUACGACUACGAAUUCACAUUUUUAUGUCAUAUGCAUUCACCGGACAAAUUUAGAACUCCUUUCAUCUUAAAAAAAUAAUUGUAUCGACACAUAUAACUAUUAUCUUUUGAGAUCCAAUGAGUAAUUCAGAGGCGUAAAAGUAGGUUUUGAGUCACUAAAAACGUAUAUAACCAACUUAAAUGACCACUAAGGUAAAGCUUAUUAGAUUUGAAGAACCUAAAAAAGGAGGCGUGACACCAAAGAAGUGUUGAUAUCAUUAUUAAACAUUUUAAUGGAUAAGAUCCUUUAUUCAAGAGCCUACACAGCAAAAGGGAAAAAUCAAAUCAUAUCAUGCUUCAUGAACUAAGUUUAAAAUGUUUGAAAUAGACAGCUUCCUUUUUCUUUGAUCAAUUUUUAUAUUGUAUAGCCAGUUUGCAAUGUUGCUAAGAUUGACUUGUAGACUCCAUAAACAAACAAGUUUUUCUUUUGAAAAAGUCGCGCACUAGCCAAAAAGAUACCGUUUUCGGUGAAACUCGCACUUAAUUUAAUCAUUUAAUGCAAUUUACGUAUGCAUAGACGACUGUUUAAACUACUAGUACAAUUCAAAACCUAGAAAUUAAAAUAAUUUAGAAUCUUUCUUUGGUCCUCUUUCUUUGUGGAUAAUGCUCUGAAAAAAUUCUUUGGUUGUGUAUGUUUCCCAGAAAAUGACAGUAUAACUGAAGAAGUCAUGAAUGUGAAAGCAACCCAAGUCUUAAAAAUCAUAGAGAAUUGCAUAAAGGUUUUCUGGGUAUUUCUCAAAUCCAACACCAAGAAAUCUACAUGGAAGCUCAACAAUAGUACUACUCAUCCGCCUAUUGAAGACCCUAGGGACUUGGAACUUCUUUAUGAUUUGCGGAAGACUGUCAGAAAGGUAAAUAAUAAAGUAUCCUUUAUCUAACUCGCUAUAAACCAAGUUGGUAAAUUCUUAUUAAAUUUCACAAAUUCUUUGGAAUUUUGGUGGACCAGAAAGAGAUUCAGCUGGCAAAUUUGGAAGGCAAAAUGAAGUCCUGGUGGAAAAGGGCUGUACAUCCUGAUCAGGAUCAGAUAGAAAACCAAAGAGUUGAUGAUUUUCUCUUCGCAACGAUCGAUUUGAAGAUGGUUAAAAAUGUGCUUCAAAUGUUGUCGAUUUCCACGUCUCAACUCAAUUGGUGCAGAGAAAAGCUACAUCAUAUCGAGAUUAGACAAAGGAAAGUCUACAGGAAUCAAUCUGUGGAUUUGUUCCCAUGUUGAUCCUCAACUGUAAAGUGUAAACUGCAAACUACUAAAUUUUAUGACGCUUGUUGUAUAGCAUAACUUUGUAUGUUCAUUCCAUAUUACGGAGUAGUAGUUUUUUUUUAAUGAAUUAAAA